AUGGACCAUGUCCCCGGGAUCACCUACAUCGAAGCGCCUUUGACGACACUCCGUUGCGCUUCAUGGCAGGAACAGGCAGUCUCGGAUCUGGCAAGACUCGCCGUCUUGUUACGAGGGCUUCCUUCACGCUUCACCAACGCCAUCACCCAGAUCCUUGAGGACCUCCCCAUGAUCUUCCUUCCUACAUACCCGCUGGUUCUGAGUCACGCUGACCUAUGUGAGAUGAACAUCAUCGUCAACCCCGAAGCUGGUGGGAUCAACGGGAUUAUUGACUGGGCCGAUGCAAAAGUGCUACCAUUUGGGAUGUCCCUGUGGGGGCUUCGCAACAUGCUGGGGAUUAUGGAUUCGAAGGGAUGGCAUUAUCAUGAAAAUGCCCCCAGACUCGAGGGAUUGUUCUGGGAAACAUUCUACCAGUCCGUGGGAAUGGUUUUUGGUGACGGCAAACGGGCUAUUCAAGUUGCUGAACGGGCUGGAUUGCUUCUGAGGUAUGGCUUUACUUGGGAGGAUGGUGUGGUCGAGAGGCCAGUGAGUGAACAAGAUUCUUCGAUGAGAUAUUUGGACGCAUUUCUACCUGGCCUGGAGAUUUAA